AGUACUAAUCCAAGUUCCGUGUCCAGCAAAUAAAAAACGAUUCUUUUUACACAACAGAGAAGAAGCAUAGAGUGAGAGUGAGAGUAGAUUAGGAGGGGAAAGCACAAACGAGGACGAUGCUAGAAAGGGUGCUCUCUUCGCGGAGGGCGGCGCCGGUCAGUGACGACGGCGAUGAUGACGGCGACGAAUCCAAAACUCGGAAGCACAUUUCCAUACCGACGAGGAUCACAAAUUACUUGAUUCGAACUGGCCACCUCUGGCCAUGCCUUCUCAUAGGGCUCGUAAUCAUUGUGCUCACUUCUUUCGUUUAUCACACUCGUGAUUUAGUGUGUAUCUCAGCUUCCUCUUCCGAUCACAUUUCUCGUUUGCGAUUCUUCGGCUUUGAUGGCCUUGAAACCGACUUCGGAUCUCUCGGCGUCCCCUGGUGCAGAUCGAAACAUGGAAAAACUGUUGAAUGGACCACAAAGGAUUUAAUCAAAGGUUUGGAAGAGUUUGUGCCCAUAUACGAGACACGACCUAUCAAGAAUAACAUGUAUGGGAUGGGUUUUGACCACAGUUUUGGGCUCUGGUUUAUGACUCGCUGGUUAAAACCAGAGUUGAUGAUUGAGAGUGGCGCGUUCAAGGGACACUCAACUUGGGUUUUGCGACAAGCAAUGCCAGAUACACCAAUCAUCUCGCUUACACCCCGUCAUCCUGAGAAGUAUCUCAAGAAAGGACCUGCUUAUGUUGAUGGGAACUGCACAUACUUCGCUGGAAAAGACUUUGUUGAUUUUGGAAGCAUUGAUUGGGGAAAAGUUAUGAAGAAACAUGGAGUCAAGAAUCGUAGCCAGGUUGUUGUCUUUUUUGAUGACCAUCAAAAUGAAUUGAAAAGACUGAAGCAAGCACUUAAAGCUGGGUUCAGGCAUCUUGUGUUUGAGGACAAUUAUGAUACUGGUACUGGAGACCACUAUUCCUUCAGGCAGAUGUGUGAUCAAUUUUAUAUAAGAGGCGGAGGCCAUAGCUGCUUUAAGGACAGUGAUGAAGCAAGGAUCAGAGGAAGAAGGAAGAAAUUCUGGGAGAAAGCUGUUGAUAUUGAGGAACUUUGCGGUCCUGGUGAAGCUUGGUGGGGUGUGAGAGGGCAAAUGCGAGAUGAUUUUAACCACAGCAAUAAGGCCAUUUCUUAUGCAGAACAUUUUAAAAAUAGCAGGUUUGUAGAGUCAGUGUUAGAUGUUUACUGGGAGCUUCCUCCCGUGGCUGGUCCUUCAUUAACUCAUCAGACAAGAUACGAUCCGGCUCGUACAUCAGGUCCUAUUGUUGAAGAUGGCAGGUAUGGCUUGUUUCAGAGGCUUGGCUUAUCUAGACUGGAGGCAUCUGUAUUCAAUGGUUACACUCAAAUGGUCUAUCUUCAGGUGUCGCAGGAAUGAGAUUUUGGUUGCCACUGCAUAUAAGUUGUAGUUUUGUAUUUAUACGUGAUCUCUCCUUUUUCUUUUUCUGUUCGUUUAGUUAUUUGCGGUGUAACUCUUGAGACUCUGUUUCUGUGCUCCCAAUACAUAUACAAUCUUUCAGACGUCUGGUCACUCUGAUAUUUGUGCAUUGUCAUGUAAGUCCGUUGAGUGAAAUUGAUGAUACCUGUAGAUUAUGUGCUAAAAGAUAGCUUUAUGUUCGAA